GACCGUGGGGUGGGCGGCCCCGAGCGCGUCCCGCAGUGGCAGGAGCCCUGGGCGCUGCAAAGCGCGUCCCGCCGGGUCCCCGAGCGUCCCGCGCCCUCGCCCCGCCAUGCUCCUGCUGCUGGGGCUGUGCCUGGGGCUGUCCCUGUGUGUGGGGUCGCAGGAAGAGGCGCAGAGCUGGGGCCACUCUACAGAGCAAGAUGGACUCAGGAUCCCGAGGCAAGUCAGACUGUUGCAGAGGCUGAAAACCAAACCUUUGAUGACAGAAUUCUCGGUGAAGUCUACCAUCAUUUCCCGUUAUGCCUUCACUACUGUUUCCUGUAGAAUGCUGAACAGAGCCUCUGAGGACCAGGACAUUGAGUUCCAGAUGCAGAUUCCAGCUGCAGCUUUCAUCACCAACUUCACUAUGCUUAUUGGAGACAAGGUGUAUCAGGGCGAAAUUACAGAGAGAGCAAAGAAGAGUGGUGAUAGGGUAAAAGAGAAAAGGAACAAAACCACAGAAGAAAAUGGAGAGAAGGGGACUGAAAUAUUCAGAGCUUCUGCAGUGAUUCCCAGCAAGGACAAAGCCGCCUUCUUCCUGAGUUACGAGGAGCUUCUGCAGAGGCGUCUGGGCAAGUACGAGCACAGCAUCAGCGUGCGGCCCCAGCAGCUGUCCGGGAGGCUGAGCGUGGACGUGAAUAUCCUGGAGAGCGCGGGCAUCGCAUCCCUGGAGGUGCUGCCGCUUCACAACAGCAGGCAGAGGGGCAGCGGGCGCGGGGAAGAUGAUUCUGGGCCUCCCCCAUCGACUGUCAUCAACCAAAAUGAAACGUUUGCCAACAUCAUUUUUAAACCUAGUGUAGUACAACAGGCCAAGAUUGCCCAGAAUGGAGUUUUGGGAGACUUUAUCAUUAGAUAUGAUGUCAAUAGAGAACAGAGCAUUGGGGACAUCCAGGUUCUAAAUGGCUAUUUUGUGCACUACUUUGCUCCUAAAGACCUUCCUCCUUUACCCAAGAAUGUGGUAUUCGUGCUUGACAGCAGUGCUUCUAUGGUGGGAACCAAACUCCGGCAGACCAAGGAUGCCCUCUUCACGAUUCUCCAUGACCUCCGACCCCAGGACCGUUUCAGUAUCAUUGGAUUUUCCAAUCGGAUCAAAGUAUGGAAGGACCACUUGAUAUCAGUCACUCCAGACAGCAUCAGGGAUGGCAAAGUGUACAUUCACCAUAUGUCACCCACUGGAGGCACAGACAUCAACGGGGCCCUGCAGAGGGCCAUCAGGCUCCUCAACAAGUACGUGGCCCACAAUGACAUUGGAGACCGGAGCGUGUCCCUCAUCAUUUUCCUGACGGAUGGGAAGCCCACAGUCGGGGAGACGCACACCCUCAAGAUCCUCAACAACACCCGAGAGGCUGCCCGAGGCCAAGUCUGCAUCUUCACCAUUGGCAUCGGCAACGAUGUGGACUUCAGGCUGCUGGAGAAACUGUCGCUGGAGAACUGCGGCCUCACACGGCGUGUGCACGAGGAGGAGGAUGCGGGCUCGCAGCUCAUCGGGUUCUACGAUGAAAUCAGGACCCCUCUCCUCUCUGACAUCCGCAUCGAUUAUCCCCCCAGCUCAGUGGUGCAGGCCACCAAGACCCUGUUCCCCAACUACUUCAACGGCUCAGAGAUCAUCAUCGCAGGAAAGCUGGUGGACAGGAAGCUGGAUCACCUGCACGUGGAGGUCACCGCCAGCAACAGUAAGAAAUUCGUCAUCCUGAAGACGGAUGUGCCUGUGGGGCCUCAGAAGGCAGGGAAAGACGUCACAGGAAGCCCCAGGCCUGAAGGCGAUGGAGAGGGGGACCCCAACCACAUUGAGCGUCUCUGGAGCUACCUCACUACAAAGGAGCUGCUGAGCUCCUGGCUGCAAAGUGACGAUGAGCCGGAGAAGGAGCGGCUGCGGCAGCGGGCCCAGGACCUGGCCCUGAGCUACCGCUUCCUCACUCCCUUCACCUCCAUGAAGCUGAGGGGGCCGAUCCCGCCCAAGGACAGCCUGGAGGAGGCCCACGGCAUGUCGGCCGCCAUGGGACCCGAACCGGUGGUGCAGAGCGUGCGAGGAGCUGGCACGCAGCCAGGACCUUUGCUGGAGAAGCCGUACCAGCCAAGAAUUAAAAUCUCUAAAACAUCAGUGGAUGGCGAUCCCCACUUUGUUGUGGAUUUCCCCCUGAGCAAACUCACUGUGUGCUUCAAUAUUGAUGGGCAACCCGGGGACAUCCUCAGGCUGGUCUCUGAUCACAUGGACUCUGGUGUGACAGUGAAUGGAGAGUUAAUCGGGGCGCCCGCCCCUCCAAAUGGCCAUAAGAAACAGCGCACUUACUUCCGCACCAUCACCAUCCUCGUCAACAAGCCAGAGAGAUCUUACCUCGAGAUCACACCGAGCAGAGUCAUCCUGGAUGGUGGGGACAGGCUGGUGCUCCCCUGCAACCAGAGUGUGGUGGUGGGGAGCCGGGGGCUGGAGGUAUCCGUGUCUGCCAAUGCCAAUGUCACGGUCACCAUCCAGGGCUCCAUAGCCUUUGUCAUCCUCAUCCACCUCUACAAAAAGCCGGCGCCUUUCCAGCGACACCACCUGGGCUUCUACAUCGCCAACAGCGAAGGCCUCUCCAGCAACUGCCACGGACUGCUAGGUCAGUUCCUGAACCAGGAUGCCAGACUCACGGAAGACCCUGCGGGGCCCAGCCAGAGCCCCACUCACCUUCCGCUCCUUCAGGCGGGAGAGGGGCCUGAGGCCGUCCUAACGGUGAAAGGCCACCAAGUCCCAGUGGUCUGGAAGCAAAGGAAGAUUUACAAUGGGGAAGAGCAGAUAGACUGCUGGUUUGCCAGGAACAACGCCGCCAAACUGAUUGACGGGGAGUACAAGGAUUACCUGGCCUCCCAUCCGUUUGACACAGGGAUGACACUUGGCCGGGGAACGUCCAGAGAGCUCUGAAGCUGGCAGCCUUAAUGAUGCAAGUGCAUGAAGGACCGUGAUGUGGGGAGGCCAUGGGGCAGCUCUUUUCAUGGCUUGUACACGCCUCAGCUCCUGGCAAUUAGCUGGACUCCGUGACCCACCCCUGGUGCAGCGUAGAUCCGACGUCUGUCUGGGCAAAGGGUAGGGGCGGGAAGCCUGAGAGCAAAUGUCAUUUCUCUCUCCUCCCUCUUCCUGCCUCUCCCCACCCUGCCCACAUCCACGGAGGGGAGAAAGGUCAUAGCUAAAUGCAACAAAGUCUGUAUCUUGUCCCAACCUGCUUAUCUGUUCUGUUAGCCUAUCAUAAAGUAAGCCUUUCUGGUGAAGGAAGGUUGCUAUGAAACUUGUUUUCUUGGUGGAAAUGGCCAAGUUUGGGCACUGUGCUUUUUGCCUUACACUAAUGCUUAGAAAGCUGUCUUUUCAGUGGUGGUGCAGCCCUCAGAUGUGUGGCCAACCUCUGCUACAAAGGAAUCUGUCACUGAGUCCAGGCCACCAAUCAUGCAGAUAGCCCAUACAUUUGAUCACUGUAAACUAUGAAGUCUUUUCUUACGAGAGGUUUUUCUUCUGCUGUGGUAUCUUGCCCUUAAAAAUUAGUUUUCAUUAAAAGGAAAUUUGAUUGAAAAUAGAAACAUCUACAGCUCAGAUACUGAUCUCUUUCUAAUGGGCUUUGUAAACCACGUGACUUUGUUAAUGGCUGUUCUCCAAUUUGUUCCAAUAAGCUAAAGGCUUUUAACACACAGGACAACUCCAUGUGGUUGAUUUUACUGGCGUGUCUUGGUGCUGAAGAGUUGGCCAAGUGAAUGUGAUGCAUCUUUUACUUGGAGCUCUCCAGCCUUUGUCAUAGUUCCCAGACCUUGUUUCCUUGUGGUCCUCCAGGAGGUAAUCAGUUACAUGUGCACAGUGCUAGGACGGGAGGCAGAGCCGGCUCGGAGAAGGUCCACCAGCCCGCCUAUCGCAGGAAGCGUGUCGGUGCUUAGAAAAUCGAGGACUUCCAGCUUCCUUCAUGUCAGAUAGAAAAAAAGCCAGGAAACCAGCAUGAACAGGGGCUCUGGUUCCAAACCUUGGACAAACCUGAUGCCCUAAGGAAAAGGUUAAGAUCAGAGGGGGCUUCCAGAGCCAAUGAACGUCACCCUUCAGCAGACAGAUACUGGGAGCGCUUGGGCAGAGAAAGACUGUGGUCAGGGAAGUGGAAUGUUUCUAUGCGGGCCAGAGUUCAAGGCUCGGGCUGGCCUCACAACAGGCUUCUUCCAUGGGGCUUGACACCAGAGCAGCCCCCGCGUGAAAUGCGAAGGUGUGCUCAGCACUGGGAGGGAUACCUGAGUUAAGAAAAUUGUUUAUCAUGUUUGCCUUCCCUGGGGAAACAUUCUGGCAGUAAAAUGACAUCCACAUGUUCCUGUUGGAUGCAGCGGCUUCGGAACGAGUCAGCGCUGGGGGACUCUCCGGGCUUGUCUCUCUUGCUUUGUGAACCCUCCACACCAGGGCCUGUCUGCUGUGCUAUUUAUUUGCCUUCCGUCUUCCCAAACUCAGCUGCCUGUAUUCAUGCCAGAGGUGCAGAGGCUGCCAGCCAGUGCUGCUGACAGAUACUUUCAGAUUGUAGAGCUUAGAGAAAGGGAGCGGGAGCUAGAGGUAGCCAGGGGCUGGCCAGGCUCCCUGGGGCCUUCCUAUUAUGUAAAUCCCAGCCGGACAGACAGCCCUGGAGCCAGGUGGCCCCGUCCCCUGUGGAGCACUUGGAGCAGUGAUCUGUUGUUCCAGGUGUUUAAGUCUUGACACUGCAGAAAAGAGGACGUUAUUAGGAAAGAGCAGUUCCUGCUGCCUGUGCUGCUACUUUAAGAGCUGAGAAAAACAUUCCAACGAGAUACCCAUAGUAACUCGCUUGCUCAGAAAAAAAAUUAAAAAGUAUCAAAGUUGAGCUUUUAUUUUUUAAAAUUAUAUUUUACUGUAGACAAAUAUCACCUUUUUUCCUCUUCCUCUUUAGGUGUAGGUUUUUUUUUUUUUCCCCCUGCAAAUGGGGUCAGUACCUGAAAGCCCCAAACCCCAUCCCGAGGUUAUAGUUAGGACCUUUGCAUUUGAUUAAAAAAAAAUAGUAUUUUCUGUUGUCCACGUGUGUUGUAGCAAGCUCUGUAAAUGCAGGGGAAGGGCGAAAUUCUCAGAUAGGGAAACUCAGGUAGAGAGUGCCACGGAGUGGUUUUUGCCGGGUUAUACAACAUACUUAAUGCAGGGUUACACUGAACCUCCAGAAUCGUUUUGUUUGCUUUGACACUGUUUCACCAUCUGGGCAAUCAUUUAUUUUCCUUGAGCGUUUAUAAACCAGGGUGAGGGUUGUUCCUAAAUGAGAGAUUGAAUGAGAUGAAGAAGUAUGUCAUAAUUAGAGGAGAUAAAUCUCCUUGUUAUCACAGUAGUUAAUGUGUCAUAAUCACUGACUAACUGGGACCUUGAACGAGUCAGCAUCUGUGCCUUUCAGUCCCCUCCCUUGUCUAAAAAUGAGAGGCAUCUGGAUGAGUCGUCUUGAAGGAUCUUCUCAUUUAAAGUUUCACAUUCCUAAAAUGAAAUGGACUGAAAAUGAAGGAACACUGUUCUUUAUCCUCCCCUGACCCCCCACAGCCCCAUGCUAGGUGCACCAUCUUCCUCCAUUUGACUUUUUAAUGCUUUACAACUUCAGGCUAAAGGGAGGGGAUGUUGGGAGGAGAAACCAUCAGAAGAUUCCCUCGGUGCUGCAACUGUGCUGAGGAGGCCAGGGACUGGGAAUCGGAGUGAGCGCCUCUGUGUUUCUUUAGGGAGUAACAUUCAACAUUUAAUUGAAUCAUAUAUCCUGAUAGGUGGAUUAGGAACAGGAUUCAUUCCUUUACAUUUAUGUUUUGGCUAAACUACAUGCCUUGAAUUGAGUGUAUAUGUCUUCCCCAAAUCCAUAUGUUGAAGCUUAAAUCCUGAAUGUGAUGGUUCUUGGAAUUGGGACUUUUGGAAGGUUAUUAGGUCUUGAGGGCAGAGCCCUCACAAAUGGGAUUAAGGCCCUUAUAGGAAGAGACUUGGGGCCAGGUGCAGUGGCUCACACCUGUAAUCCCAGCAUUUUGGGAGGCCGAGGCGGGCAGAUCAUGAAGUCAGGAGAUCAAGACCAUCUUGGCCAACAUGGUGAAACCCUGUCUCCACUAAAAACACAAAAAUUAGCUGGGCGUGGUGGUGCAUGCCUGUAGUCCCAGCUGCUUGGGAGGCUGAGGCAGGAGAAUCGCUUGAACCAGGAAGUCGGAGGUUGCAGUGAGCCAAGAUCACACCACUGCACUCCAGCCUGAGUGACAGAGCAAAACUCCGCCAAAAAACAACAACAAAAAGACAUGGGAGAGAUGGUCUUUUUCCCCUUCACUGUGUGGGGGAUACAAUGAGAAGAUGGUCCUCACCAGACACCAUGUCUGCUGGCGCCUUGAUCUUGGACUUCCCAGCCUCCAGAACUAUGAGAAAUAAAUGUGUUUUGUUUAAGCCACUCAAGUCUGUGGUAUUCUUGUUAAGGCAGCCCAAGCUGACUAAGACAUCAAAUCAUUCAAAACAUUAAUUCUUUUUAUGUUCUUUAAGCUUCCCAGAAUGUACACAAACAAUGCCAUUAUUAAAAUUUAAAGGACUCUUGAAACCGUAGGACAUGAUCCAGCUAAAAUAAACAAAAUAACACAGCUAA